UCGACUCUAUGUAUGCAUGCGCUCCGUUGUGGAUACAACUGGAAAGUGGGAAGGACCGCGAUCGUGGCACCGUAGUGCGUGUGGCGUGUGCUGGCCUGUGCCGCAGACAUCUGUAAUAUAACCUCAACAAAAUGAAGAUAUCCGAAAAGCUGCGUCAGUUUGACGCCUAUCCAAAAACCAUCGAAGAUUUCAGAGUAAAAACAUACGGCGGAGCGAUUGUUACCAUUAUCAGCACGACGAUAAUUUUCGGCCUUUUUAUGUCCGAAUUGAACGACUAUUUCACGCCAAGUUUGAGCGAGGAACUGUUCGUCGAUACUUCGAGGGGUUCGAGAUUGAGGAUUAAUUUGGACUUGAUUGUGCCAGCAAUAUCCUGCGACCUACUUUCCCUGGACGCAAUGGACACGACGGGAGAGCAGCACCUCCAGAUAGAUCAUAAUGUAUUCAAACGGCGACUCGACCUUGACGGAAAACCCAUUGAGGAGCCGCAAAAAACUGACAUCGCAAACACGAAGUCACCGGAAAAAUCUACCGAAGUGUCAGCGAAAAAUAGUACCGUCGAGGCUUGCGGAGAUUGUUACGGAGCUGCAAGUGAAGCGCUCGGAAUAAAGUGCUGCAACACUUGCGAAGAAGUGAGAGAAGCUUAUAGAAUGCGGAAAUGGGCGUUUCCGGACCCGUCAACCAUAAGUCAAUGCAAAAAUGACAAGUCCGUUGAGAAAAUGAAGCACGCCUUUGCGGAAGGUUGUCAAAUAUACGGAUACAUAGAGGUGAAUCGUGUCGGCGGCAGUUUUCACAUCGCACCAGGCGAAAGUUUUUCCGUCAAUCACGUGCACGUUCACGACGUUCAGCCUUACGCUUCAACGCAAUUCAACAUGACUCACAAAAUACGUCACCUAAGUUUCGGGCUCAACAUUCCGGGAAAAACGAAUCCAAUGGACGACACAACGAUUGUCGCCACGGAAGGUGCGAUGAUGUUCCAGCACUACAUAAAGAUUGUUCCAACGACGUACGUGAGAUGGGACGGUUCGACGUUGUUGACGAAUCAAUUUUCUGUUACCCGACAUUCACGUCAAGUGUCCCUGUUCACGGGUGAAUCCGGUAUGCCGGGUAUAUUUUUUAGCUAUGAAUUAAGUCCACUUAUGGUUAAAUACACCGAGAAGAAAAAACCCUUCGGACAUUUUGCAACAAAUUUAUGCGCUAUAGUUGGCGGUGUUUUUACUGUCGCUGGUUUGAUAGACUCGAUUCUUUAUCAUUCCGUAAAAGCGAUACAGAAAAAAAUUGAAAUAGGAAAAUUUAGCUAGAACUUUCUACAUAGUUAUUGAUGUAAUGAUAAUGCAAUUCGUCGAGUAAGAUAACGA